AGCCACUUUCUACAAGUCUCUUUCUCUUGCUCCAUUACUUGUACACGCCAUUUGCUCCUAUUCCUCCUCAUCCUCCUUCUGGUGAGGCUGAUGGCCACUGGAGCUGCCGACGGCUUUUUCCGGUAUGUCUACGACGGUUGUCUCUCCGGCGGCGACACUGGCAUCGAACGCAGGCCUUAUCAUCGUAACUGCCGAUGUGCUCUUCAUAAUAACUCAAAAGACUCUUGCCCUCAUGGGAUGUCCAAGUGCAAAAAUGUGUCGUAUCCUGUUCGAAGGUCUUGGAGUGAAGGGUGCUUGGCUUUGGCUGCUGCAGCUUCCUGCCAUUCCUCACCUUCUUCUUCUUGUUUGCAAAUGGGGAGGAGGACCCAGCAGCUUGGAUUGUGCAGCGACGACGAGCAGACUCAGUUAUCGACAUCUUCUUCAUCAAAGGUUUGAUGGGUUUUUGUUAAAUCUUAAUCAUGAUCAUCGUCCUUUUGUUUCUUUCUUCAAUAAUUGAAUUCGGUGCUGUAUGUGACUGACACAUAUGUAAGAUCUCGGAAGGAUUUGAUCGAUGGAUGAACGUUUUGAUCUGCUCUGUCCUGUUCAUUGUAUGUAUAAAUGGUCAUAAAAAUGGCUUUAAUGUUAUAGCAAGAUCAAUCUUGAUGUAGUCUAAAAUUUAAAGUUUAUUCAAUCCCCUUCAAUCUUGUUCUUUCUUUC